UUUUUUUUUUUUUUUUUUUUUUUCCAUUCAUUCUUCUUCUUCUUCUUCUUCUGGAGUUUGUAGCUGUGUUAUUAGGGUUUGAUCGGAGGUAUUUUUUAUGUUAAUGGGUUUUUAGGGAUUAGGGUUUUCUUUUUCUUUUCUUUUUUUUUUUUCUUGCCUUUUGGUUUAAGUUUUUUUUGUUCAUUUCGGAUAAUUGAGGGCUUUCUUGGCCUUGUUUUCUUGCAACGGACAAGUGUUCUAUCUUUUUCGGACAAGCUUCAGCUGGGGUGUUCUGUGUGUGUGUGUUUCCCUUUUUGGGAAAUAGGGUAUUUAGGGCUUUUGGUUGAGUUUCAUGUAUGGCUUCGGGACCUACAGUUGGCGAGGAAGGUGUGGGUGAUGGUGUUAGAGAGAAACAGAGGUACGUGGAGAGUAAGGUGUACACUAGGAAGGCCUUCAGAGGCCAAAGGAAGAACAACAACAACAAUAACAAUACAAAUUCAAUUGCUGAUAUAGUCACAGCCACGACUUCUGCUGUUGAGAAUAAAGAAGAUAAUGAUAAUGAUCGAAAUAAGGAAACUGCUACCGCUACCGCUACUGUCCCAACCACUGACACUGCUACUACCACCACCACCAAUGACAAUAACGAUGCCAAUGUCAAUAGUAACAUUAACCAUGACAAAGAUAACAAUUUGGUUGAGCCUCUUCCUUGUACUACGGUGACGGAGGACAAGAAUACGACUCAGCAGCAGCUCAUUUCGAGAAUUGAUGCAGCGUCUGAUGAUUCCUCGUGUCUCAAUCGUCAGCAUCUUGCAGUUGGUGAUGCAGUGCAGAGCACUCGAGACCAACCCUCAGGAAAUGGUGUUAUGGAAGUGGCUGUGGAAAAUCAAAAUAACAGUAAUUUGGCGUCAAAGUCUAAGCUGGAGAUGCGAGAACUUCGGCAUAAGCUUGAGAGUGAUCUUGAGAUGGUAAGAAAUGUGUUGAAAAGAAUCGAGACAAAACAGGUGGAGUUAAGCGAGUCUAGUAAUUUUCAUGGUACGGCUAAUGAAGAGAUGGAUAAGGUUGGUGGGGACAAGCAGAUUCAUCCUGAGGUUGCUGCUGUUCGUGUGCCUCGUGAACCUUCUAGGCCUCUCAAUAAAUUGAGUGUAUCAGUGUUGGAGAAUAGUCAGGGUGUGAGUGAUUAUGUGGAGAAAGAAAAAAGAACUCCUAAAGCAAACCAAUUUUAUCGAAACUCUGAAUUCAUACUUGGAAAAGAUAAGCUGCCUCCAGCUGAGAGUAAUAAGAAGGCAAAAAUGAAUAUAAAGAAGUCGGGUGGAGGAGAAAUUGCUCAUGGUUUUGGGAUGGGUUCCAAGUUCUUUAAGAGCUGCAGCGCACUUCUCGAAAAAUUGAUUAAGCACAAGUAUGGUUGGGUGUUUGAUGCUCCUGUCGAUGUUCAGGGUCUUGGUCUGCAUGACUACUACACCAUCAUCAAGCAUCCAAUGGACCUAGGAACGGUAAAAUCUAGGCUGAACAAAAAUUGGUACAAGUCGCCUAAAGAAUUUGCUGAGGAUGUGAGACUUACAUUUCGAAAUGCUAUGACAUAUAAUCCCAAAGGACAAGAUGUCCAUGUAAUGGCAGAGCAAUUGUUGGCAAUAUUUGAGGAUAGGUGGGUUAUUAUAGAGGCAGACUAUAAUCGAGAGAUGAGGUUUGGAUCAGACUAUGGUGCUGCUCUUUCCACACCUACUUCCAGAAAGGCUCGUCUUCCACCACCACCACCUCUUGACAUGAAACGAAUAUUGGAAAGGUCAGAAUCUACCACGUAUCGUCUAGAUUCCAAGAAUAGACCUUUGAGUGCUACGCCCUCAAGUAGAACACCUGCUCCAAAAAAGCCCAAGGCAAAAGAUCCUCAUAAAAGGGACAUGACUUAUGAGGAGAAGCAAAAACUCAGUAGUAACCUUCAGAAUUUGCCUUCUGAAAAACUGGAUACCAUUUUACAAAUAAUUAAGAAGAGAAAUUCAAAUAUUUUUCAAGAUGACGAAGAAAUUGAGGUGGAUAUUGAUAGCGUGGAUGCAGAGACGCUCUGGGAGCUUGAUAGGUUUGUGACAAACUACAAAAAAAGUUUGAGCAAGAACAAGAGAAAAGCUGAGCUUGCACUUCGAGCAAGAGCAGAUGAUGAACACAAUACUGCCCGAAAGGCCCCCGUUGUGAUGGAGGUCCCAAAGGAAACUAAAGCAGAUGAAAAUAUUGUUUCAUCGUCAGUGCCCGUUCAAGGACAGGGCAAUAGUAGGAGUAGGUCAAGUAGUUCAAGCAGUUCUAGCAGUGAUUCUGGAUCUUCAUCUAGUGAUUCAGAUAGUGAAAGUUCUUCAGCAUCUGGAUCUGAUACAGGGUCUUAAAGGGCUUCAAAAAAUCUUCAGAUGUCAAAUUUUUGAAGUCGUUGGCGUGUACUUCAGGCAGAAAGAACCCUCAGCUUUUCUGAUUAAAAUCCAAAUAAUUGUCGUGCAGGGUUGUAAAGGCGGCGUGAAGUCGAUUCAUGGUCAGCCAGUGGCAAACUGAGUUUUUGAUGUUAUAUUGGAGAGAAGACUUCACUGCAUACCACCCCCCAUGUAGCCAUUUAUUCAUCCUCAAAUUUGUAUAAUAUUGUAGUAAUCUGAUCGAUUAGUCCCUCUUGCAUAGCACCUGUACAUUGCUAAUCAAUUGCUGCCAUCUCUAUUGUUUUUUUAGUUCAAAUCCUCCCCAUCCCCUUAUUAUUAGAGUUUGUAAACCAAAUGUCAGUAACAGCAAAAAGGAGUUGGUGGGUAAGCUUUGAAGAUUCCUGGAGGCUUGUAUCUACCCUUUUAUGGAUGCCAUAUUGAAUGUAAGGAUUGUGAGGCACUUCCAUAGUGUUUGCAAGGGCUGCUGUUGCUGCUGCUUGUGUUUUUAGUUGUAAAGGAUUAAGAGAAAAAUAUGAUUUUGAUUAGAUUCUGUAUGGUUAAUCGAGUUAGCCUUUUGUCAA